GCUCGAGAAACAAAAUGGCCGCCGGUUGCCAAACAAGGUACACACACACACACAGUUCGGUGUAUUUAUUUUGAAAUUAUUCGCGUUUUAAUUGUGCUUUUUCCGCUUAAUUAACGCGUAAUACGACGUAGAGAACAUGAAAGUGCCCUCGGGUACAUUGGGAGCGAACGUUAGUGCGGUCUAAAGUGGUUUUUUCACCAAGGGAAAUACCCCGUUCAACUGGAAUUCAACAGAUCAAUGUUAUCUCUUGUGGUAGCGAAAUAAGUUUUUGCAGAAAAAUGUCCAAUGGAGAGGGACAUUUGACCGCCAAUCGUCGGGGCAAAAAAACCAUGUGACAGUGACCGAGCGACCCGGUCACAACACACUGGAUCGUGGUAGCUCUGGACCAGGGGGUUGCCUCGACGGCGGAGGGACGUUGCCCCCCGUCGUCCCCCAGCCCCCGGGACUGCAACAACAGCUCCACGGUGAUAUUCCCCCCAAACAAGCGGUGGUAGAAAGGUUGAGACGUCGUAUAGAGUCCUACAGGAGGAGACAAAGCGACUGUAUGCCGCGGUUCGAUCAGUCCUUUUCGGGACUGUGCGAGCAGAACCUGCAGGACACUUUGCACCUGAAGCAGCGGUUCCUGGACGCGAAGGCGAAGCGGGUGUCCAAGACGAAGGACAAGAAGCAGGAGAAUAUUCAGAGUAGCGUGCAUGUGCAACAAAAGUUCCUUAAACGUACCGCGGACGAGCUGGGGGAGUCGGGGGGGGCGUCGCAGCUGGACAACGGCUUCGAGCAGCCCCCCGUGAAGCUCCAGUGCACCGCCCAGCAGCAGCACGGCACCGCCGUCGCCGCCUCCUCCAACCAGGAGGGUCUCACCAAGUUCUCGGUCGAGAUCGUGCAACAGUUGGAGUUCACCACGUCGGCGGCGAGCGCGCAGCCGCAACAGAUCAGCACCAACGUCACCGUCAAAACGCAUGCGAACGCGAGCGUCAAGAGCGACGUCGCGUCGCCCAAGGCGGGCGGCGGCGCCCCGUCCCAGACGCCCCAAAAGUUGGACGUCGUCGGCACCUUGGUCGAGUGUGUCAAGCAGGAACCGGACAACGAUUUCGCGGAUCUGGACCAAUGCGCGGCCGCCCUCGAGAAAGACGCGGCGGCGAACGGGGGCGCGGGUUUCGGCGCCUCCUUCCCCGACCUGAUCGGCGACGACACCAACGACGAGAUCAUGUCCUCGGCCGCCUUCAAAGAUCUCAUCUCGGACAUCAGCAACUACCCGGACUACCCGGAACUGAUGAAGGACUUCGAUUUCGAGGACAAACCCUCCGAUCUCGUCAUGGGAAAUUUGAAAACGGAGGAGAAGGAACAUAACAACAGCGGUGGUGGUGGUGGUGGUGGUGGCGCCCCCAAUCAGGACCAACUAAAAUCCGGAGGCAUCCAGAGCCCCUUGAUGAGCGGCGGCGGGGGGCAACAGACGACCUUCGGUACUUCCCCCGCGUUCGAGAAGAACAACAAUCCGCGUCUUCCGUACUCGAACAUGGACUUUGCCAAGACGGAGCUGAGUCCCGCCGCGCAAACCUUGAAACAAAUGGCGGAGCAGCAUCAGCACAAAAACCAAAUGGGGUUGAACUUUAACCCGGGGAAUCCGAGGGGGCAGAGCGCCGCCCGGUCGCCCUAUUCCGAGCAGUUCCAGUUUCAGAACGAGUACAGUCCGGGAGGGAAUCCCGCCUUUCAUAAAAAUAGUCCGGGAGGGUUUCCGCAACCGGAUAUGAUCAAACAGGAAAUGAUUUUUCAGGGCAACGAGUUCAGCGACAUGAAAAGGAAAAACUCGCCCUACGGUGCUGCAAAACAGCCCCAACAACAGCAGCAACAACAACAACAGCAGUACUCGCCGUACGGUAGCCCCGGCCCGGGGGGAAGUCCCGGCUUUUUGCCGUCGGGAAGGGGCGGCGCGGGCGGCCCACCGCCGCCCCGACCCCCCUCCGGACCCGGAAACAACCAGAACGGGGGCGGCGGCGGACCCUCGGUCCAAAUCAAUCAGGCGCAACAAUUAAACAUCAACCAGCAGAGUCACGGACACAUACAGGUCUCGGCGGGUCAGCAGUUCCACUUGAGCGCCGACCUAAAGGGCGGCAACGUGUCCAUCGCCGCCCAACAGGGGAUGAACUUUAGCAGCGGAGGCGGCGCGCAGAGCGGCGGCGACCCUGGAGCGACCCCGCCCCAGCAACAUCAACAGGGGGCACCGGGCGGGUCCUCGCAAAUGCCCCCAAUGGGAAACCCCCAAAUGUCCCACGGGAACAUGAUGGGAGGCGGCCAUCCGGGCGUCGACUCGUACUCGAUGUCGCAGACGCAAACGAUCAAUUUCACGCAGCAGUCGUUGAGAAGGGCGACGCCGGCGGGAAUGGGCGGGCCGAUGGGCGGCACCAACGGCGGCCCGCCCCAAAUGGGGCCGAUGGGCGGCGCCCGUUUGAUGUCCACCCAAGCGCUGGAGCAGCAAAAGUUGCAGCAGAUUUUCCGGGUGCAGCAACAGAUGCAACAACAGCAGCAGCAGCAACAGUUGAGGCCGCCCCCGCCCGAGUACGCGGCGAGCGCGGGAUUGGGCGGCCAGGGCGGCAUGCAGCCUCGCUACGGGGCCCCCGCUCCGCCGCCCAAUAUGAGGCGGAUGCCCCAUCAGCCGAUACCGCCCUCGGGUCCGAUGAUCCGAUCGAACGGUUACAUGAUGCAACAGCAACAGUUGCAACAGCAGCAGCAGCAACAGCAACAAUUAGCGGGCAGGGCGGGGAUUUACCGACAGUCCGGCCCAAUGGCGGGCAUGGAGGCUAUGCAACAGAACGCGCAGGCCUCCGACUGGCGCCAUCUGUUGAUGUCGCAGCAACAAAACGCGAGUUUCGGCUCGAUGCGACCGUCCGCUUUUCAACCCUCAGGCGGCUUUAACAUGAACCAAAUGACGGCGAUGCAGCAACACCAGCAACAACAACAACAGCAGCAGCAACACAUGCGCCAACAGCAACAAGGGGGCGCCAUGGGCGCUCACAUGAUGGGCGCCGGGAAUCCCAUGGCCCAGAUGAGUCAGAUGAACCAGGCGAUGUUGCAUAUGCAACAGCAACAGUCGCUCAUGCAACAGCAGCAACAAAAUUCGCAGAUGUCCAUGUCGACGUUACACAUGCAACAGUCGCAGUCGAUCUCUAUAGGGGGGCACCAGCAGCAACAGCAGCAGCCGCCGCCCCAUCAGCAACAAGACGGGGGAGGGGCGGCGGCCGCCUCCCAAUUGGCCGCCUUCAAUCCGCAGGCGGCCGAUUUCAAUUUCGAAUUUCUCGACAAUUUGGCGGGAACAAACGACGGCGCCCCCUUCACCGACCAGGAGCUGCUCAACUCGUUCGACGCCGACGCCGCCUUCAAUUUGGACUUUUAAGGAGUGCGGCGGUGGAGGGUGGGGGGAGUGCGGGGGCGGCGAAAAUCGUUGGUGCAAUAGGGCCUUGUUUAAGUUAAGCAGAUUUAUGUUUUUUUUUUUUAUAUUUUUGUACAUAAUUUUUUUUUUAUUAUUAUUUUGUGUUAUUUUAUUUUUAUAUAGUACAGAGGGGGCGACGCGAACACGUUCGGGACUUAAUACGGCCCUGAUUCUACUGUCGAAGUGAGUGACGUUGACAGAUAAAGCGCGGUCCGAGUGUCACUUGUCGUUCACGGUUUGACGUAAAAAUCAGGCCCGGAUUUAAGUCGAGGCUUCCCGGUCGCCCCGUUUGAGCUUUAACGAUUUAUACAGUAGAUCAUAUCAUCAUACAGACAUUUAUAGAGAUAAAAAAUUGUUAAUAGAGAAAUAAAAAUAGGGAAUUUUAUAUGACGAUGAUGACGACGAAUAAAAAAUGGGUUGAGGAGUAAAAAAAACUAAACGCCGAAACUUAGCAAGAGAAUUUGCUUCAGUAGUUAAUUAUUUACCAAAAAAAUAAAUAAAUAAAUAAAAACAAUUAUUAGAUCUCGUUAUUAAUGAUACAUAGAAUAGGCAGACGUUGUUUAUAAUCAAAUGAGCGGGAGCAUGGGGAGGGGGGAAUAGUGCGGAAAAUGACUGUUUUACAGGGUUGUACUGUUGGUAUGUUAUAGUCCAGGGUUGAAACUAAUUAUCCCCUUACUACACUUUCGUAAAUGUACAGGGUGUCUCAGGAAAUUGAGUCAAAGUUUGUCAAAUAUCAGAAAGUUGACCAAAAACUGGUUUUCAAAAAUUAAGAAAUUUCUUAUUUAGACUUGUUGUACAGGGUUGAACUUUUGGUAUGUUAUAGUCAAGGGUUGGAACUAACUAUCUCCGUACUACACUUUUUUCCGUAAAUGUACAGGGUGUCUCAGGAAAUUGAGUUAAAGUUUAUCAAAUAUCAGAAAGUUGACCAAAAACUGGUUUCCAAAAAUUGCGAAAUUUCUUAUUUAGACUUGUUGUACAGGGUUGAACUUUUGGUAUGUUAUAGUCAAGGGUUGGAACUAACUAUCUCCUUACUACACUUUUCUUCGUAAAUGUACAGGGUGUCUCAGAAAAUUGAGUCAUAGUUUGUCAAAUAUCAGAAAGUUGAUCCAAAACUGGUUUUCAAAAAUUGAGAAAUUUCUUAUUUAGACUUGUUGUACAGGGUUGAACUUUUGGUAUGUUAUAGUCAAGGGUUGGAACUAACUAUCUCCUUACUACACUUUUUUUCGUAAAUGUACAGGGUGUCUCAGAAAAUUGAAUCAAAGUUUGUCAAAUAUCAGAAAGUUGACCAAAAACUAGUUUUCAAAAAUUGAGAAAUUUCUUAUUUAGACUUGUUGUACAGGGUUGAAUUUUUGGUAUGUUGUAGUCAAGGGUUGGAACUAACUAUCUCCUUACUACACUUUUUUUCGUAAAUGUACAGGGUGUCCCAGAAAAUUAAGUCAAAGUCCAUUAAGUCGUAGUGACCCCCUCGUCGUUUUUCCACGAGAAAAUCGUCAUUUUCCGAUCUCUACGCCCCCUAUUAUAUAACAAACCUACUAUAUAAUGAUAAUACUAUAAUAAGGUAAACGGUUUUCCAUUGUUUUUUUUUCCUUUUUUAAAUAUUUUCAUCGACAUUCCACAAACACACAAACACACACAAGAAGAAUAAAUCCAGAUCGUGUCCAGUAUUUGUAAAUAAUAAUAAUACAAAAGAUCUUCCUUUUUCUUUUUUUAAUAUUGUAUUAUAUUUUUUAUUAUUAUUAUUAUUAUUAUUCAUUUUAUUUAUACGUGUACUUAGGCGAAUCAAAUUAUUGUUAUACAGAGUUUAUAUAUAAACAAGCGAGUGACGGGUUCGCGGUGGUUCCCCCGGCCGCCCUUUCGCCCUCUUAAACUUCAUCUGUUUCACGUCAGUAUUAGUGUUUUGUUUUUUUUUAUGUCAAUUUUUUUCUUUAUAGAGGGCGCUAGGGGUAACCCCGGAAACCCGUUUCCGAUAAUAUAAAAUAUACUUUAAUUUGACUGUA